UUUGUGUCAACAAAACGUGUGGUCAACAACUCAUUGCACGUCACGUAUAACGCGUGUCACGCGCGUGAAAAAUAAAAUAAAAGUUUUAUUUGAAUGUAAUUGUUGUUAUUGACCGCAAUUUUUGACCGCAAACAACUUUGAAUUUGGCCACUUAAAUUGACCGCUAGUUUGAUCGUUACCGUCGCCGCCGCCACCACCGCCACCGCUGUUAUGUCUUCAACAAUGCUAUCAUCGCCGCCGACGUCGUCGUCGUCGGCACCGAUGGACACUCAGUUGAGUUCAACGGCCGCCGCCGCUGCCGCCGUCACUACCGAUAUGACCACAGAUGACACUAUUGUUGAACGUAUUCUUGAAAUACUAUCGCUGGACAAACUGAAACCGUGGUUCGAUACGGGUCUCAAACAGGAAUACGAGCGCCGAUUUAGUCACCGAUUGCCCGUCGAUUGGAUACGAAUACUCGAAAAGUGCGGCUCCGAUCUCAUUGAGGUCACAGUUCAAAAGUACUCAAACGGAUCGAAAACUUUUAUUCAAUUACCGAUCAAAAAGGUACGCAACUCUACCGGUAAUCUUCCAGCUUCUCCGGUAUCACAAUCAUCAUUGGCUAAGUCAUUGACAAUUGUUGGGAAAAAUGGAGACACAAAGAUACCGAUGACACCGAUAAGGAUGACACCAUCUGUGGUUAAUACACAAUCUCCUGUACCGGAGCUGUCGCCGAACAAUAAAAGCGGUUUAAUGACCGCCACGGCUGCCGUUGCCGCCGCCACAACCGCUUCCGAUAAUCGUAAAGUACAAAAUGGUUCACAAAGUGUGCCAAAAGAUAGGAUGAUAACUACCGGUACUACCGAUCAGGUAGUGAUAGAGCCACCAAAACAACAACAACAAGUUAAUACUAAAACCAAUGGCCAAUUGAAUGGCAGUAUCGGUGGCGUUGUCAACAACAGCGGCCACACUAAUGGUCACACAUCUCAUUCUUCUGGCGAUACAUAUACGUCGGAUAACGUACUAUCGGGCGGUCGUCCAAUUCCGCCGCCACUGUUGCCAGAUGUUAAUCCCGAAGAAUAUUUCGACAUUUUCGUACUAUUGUCGGCAACGCCGAAGAAUUUUAUAGUCGUCCCGUUUGCCAAUACUGCACACAAUUCGCCGUUUCAGAAGCUAAAGUCGAAAAUGUUGGACUUCUACGACAAUGUGGACAAUCAUAUUGAUCUGACAGCCGAACUGAUUGUCAACGGUAUAUAUAUAGCGACCAAAGCACGCGACGAAUGGUUCCGCGCUCAGGUCAAGAGUGUCAUAUCCAGGGAUCCGUUUCAGGUGAUCACCUAUUUGGUGGAUUAUGGCGAACAUUUGACUGUCGAUAUCAAAGAUAUUCAACCAUUGUAUACGAUGUUUCGCGAACUACCGGCUCAAGCGCUACGCGCGUCACUUGCAGGCGUACAACCAAUCGGUACCGAUUGGGACGUAAUGACUAGUUUCGAGUUUCGCAAAAUGGUUGAAAAGAAACCGUUUGUAUCGACUGUCCAGUCUAUCGAUCAAUUGGAUGGCCAACCAGUCCUAUCGUUAUCCCUGUGCGAUACUACCGGUUCGGAAGAUCUAUAUAUCGGUUCGAUAUUAGUGGACAAAGGUUUUGCCAAAAAACAGUAAUCAAAACAAAUAAUAAUAAUAUAAUAUUAUUAGUCAAACAAAUAGCUAAUAUAAAUGCCAACAAUUUAUGCCAAUUUUUUUUAU